AUGGCGAAAGGAAAAAAUAAGACAUCGGAGGAAAGAACCAAUAGAACUAAGACUUCAAAUGGACAUAAAUCAAAGCAACAUCACAUAAGAAAAGGAAGACAAGAAAAUGGUUCACAAGCUCAGGAAGAUGGUGAAAAAUUCCCAGUAAAGUUAGCUAUGUGGGAUUUCGACCAUUGUGAUCCAAAGAGAUGCUCCGGUAAAAAGUUAGAAAGAUUGGGGCUUAUUAAAAACUUAAGAGUGGGCCAAAAAUUUAGUGGAAUUAUCGUAUCUCCUAACGGAAAAGGGGUCGUUUGUCCAGAAGAUAGAGAGAUUGUCGAAAAUUUUGGAAGUGCUGUUGUUGAAUGCUCUUGGGCGAGGUUAGAAGAAGUUCCAUUUAACAAAAUAGGUGGUAAGCAUGAAAGACUAUUGCCAUAUUUGGUUGCAGCUAAUCCAGUGAAUUACGGAAGGCCAUGGAGAUUGAAUUGUGUUGAAGCUAUAGCUGCAUGUUUUGCUAUUGUGGGUCACUCCGACUGGGCAGAGCUUCUCUUAAGUAAUUUUUCGUGGGGUUUAACUUUCAUGAAAAUUAACAAGGAGUUGAUCGAUGUAUAUUCCAAGUGUACAGAUUCUGACUCUGUCCAAAAGGCCCAAGAGGAGUGGUUGAUUAAGAUUGAGAAUGAAGCUAAAGAACGUAAAGAACUUGCCCUGAAAGAGGAUGUAUGGAUGAUGGGUAAUGUAAAUAGAGAAAACAUAGACGAUGAAGAUGACGACGAAGAGGAUGAUGAAGAUGAAGAUGAAGAUGAAAUCGAAGAAGAAGACGUGGAGUAUGAUAAUCUUGGAAACAUAAUACCGAAGAAAGAGGUGAAAGUAGAUGCCUUAGGAAAUAUAAUAGAAAGUCAUGGUGAAAGUGAUAUGCUGAGUGAAGAUAGCACAGAAGAAGUUGAAGAUGAAAGUGAAGAAGAAUUGUAUGACAAGUUAGGAAAUCUUAUUAUCAAAAGUUAA